CACGAAUAUUGUCUCUGCACUUCACUUCUCUUUAGACGCAAUGGCUGUCAAAACGCUCGAGGUCAAACCCCUUCCUGUUCCUGCCAACUCAGCCGUCGACUUUGGUGUCCAAAUCGACGAUGUCGAUGUCGAGAACCUCAGUGACGCAGACUUCGCCGCUAUUCGAGAAGCACUCUACAACCACCACGUUGUAGUCCUCAAGAACCAAAGCGGUCUCUCCCCAAAAGCUCAAUUUGAACUUACACGCCGUUUUGACCCUGCCUCCGAGAACUAUGGCCAUGGCAAGACACUUGAUGCCAAGCGCUCUGUCCUGCACCCCGACCUCAAGACGAUCCCACAUCAGCCACAGGUCCAGGUUAUUGGGAAUGGGUUUUAUGAGGAGUACGAAGGACUGAAGAAUAUCACGCUUAAGCACCCACACCACAAGACGUUCCAUAAGGACGCUAUCUCAGAGGAGGACGAUCUAAAAUAUACACGUUUCUACCGCUGGCACAUAGACGCUGCGCUGUAUGCGCUCAACCCACCAAAGGUCACCUCCCUCCUGGCCGUUAACGUGCCCGCUGGCAGACGCCAAACCGUUCGCUACGAUGAUGGAACUGGCGAUGAAUUGGAUGUCCCUCUUGGGACCACCGCUUUUGUUUCCGGACAAAGAAUGUACAACCUUUUGAGUGAGGAGGAUAAGGAAUUCGUCCGCACCGCAAAGGUCGAAUAUGCCCCCCACCCAUACAUCUGGAUGUCGCCUGCCCACUCCCGUUCUGAUGGAUUGGGCAUGAUAUCUGAAGGUCUCGAGCUCCCUAAUUCGGAGCUUCCCCCAGUCAACGAGGCCGAUAUCAAGAUCCUUCCUAUGGUCUGGAAGAACCCUGUCACUGGAAAUCUUUCCUUGCAGAUUCACCCCAGCGCUAUCAAGGCCAUCCAUCUCCCCGACGGAAAGGUGAUGACAGAUUUGAAGGAGGUUAGGGAUUUGGUCCACAGAUUGCAGCGCCCCGGUAUUGCGCCAAAGUACGUGUACGCGCACGACUGGGCCGAGGGAGACUGUGUUCUCUUCAACAACCAAGGUGUAAUUCACAGUGUGGUUGGGGCCUUCACACCCGAGGAGAAGAGGCUCUUUAGGCAAUGCAACUUGGCUAGCGGCGAGGGGGUUAUGGGUCCCGAUGGCAAGCUCUACUAGGCAACGGGGCUGGAAAGGGUCAAAAAGGAGGGUUUUCACUGAUGGUUGAUAUAUAUCGUUCACAUUUGUUGGGAGCAUUUACGAACUCGGCGUUGGACGCAUCUAACUAAGCCUCAUCUGCAGAGGAACUCGGCGUUUGAACGUAACUAAGCGUAUACCCCUUUUUUGCUCGUUACGAGUUGCUUAAAAAUAUACUUUACUGCUGCA